AUGGGACCCCCACCAGCCAGGAUCGCGGACACCGCGCAGCCUCCAAAGCCUGAUGCACAACCAAAAGGAAAAGGCUUGCAACCAGCUGCACCCAUGGACCAGCCAGCUCCAGCAACCACCAGAUCACCACCAGGUGGUUCUGCGGGAAGGGGCAGAGGCAGAGGCGGUGGCAGGACUACCAAUGCGCUGGGCCUCCUUAGGGCUCGAAAGAGUGGCAAAUCUGACCCUGUGAAGUGUGAAGCUGCCAUAGCUGCAGCGAAGGUUGACAACACACGCAUUGUUGUCAUCGCUCUCUUGAAUGAGAAACCUUAUUCCAUGAAGGCCAUCCAGCAAGCUGUCUUGGAUUCGUACCAUCAAGCCAAGCAGCGCAAAAUUCCAGCCAAAGAGUACAUCCUGCGGCUGGUGCCACACCUGAGCACGUUCAGCCUGGCAGGAAAGUAUGUCUUGAAGGAUGGGUUGGCAAAGGAAGUUUUGGCCUUUAUGGAGGCGCAGCCCAAGGGAGAAAAGGCGGAAAAGGCACCUGCUGCCACUGCAAAGGAACCUGCACGCGUUGGUCAGAAGCGACCGCUGGCAGAUCGCGACAAAAACAUGAAGCGGUUGGACCACGCCACGGGUGCUGCACCAAGAGUUGAUCGAAGUAAAGUACCGAGGCCUGGCGUGCGGAAACACCCCCAGCCAGAAUGCCCGGGGGCGACCAUGGAGAACAGCCCAUCUGCCACACCAACAGAGCGCCAAAAGAAGGCGACGAAAAGGCCGAGAUUAGAGUCGUCAGCAGGAAAGGACCGUGCACCUGUUGCCCCUGUGGUGGAUAUGGUGGAAACAACUCAUAGCAGCAGAGAAAGAGACUCUGACGAAAUGAUGAAUGACCAUCCUGUCCCGGCAGCCGCCGACAACAGCCACUCUGAGCGCAGACAAACGAACGGAUUCUCAAUGAACAAUGGGAUCCCUGGUUUUCUUGAGACUGGCGACUUGAGCAAGGAGUGGUUCUCUGAAUUCGUGGAUAGGAACAUUGAGAUUGUUCCUGAAAUUUCAUCUGUUGAGGAAUUCACUGUGGCACAAGCCGAGUUUCAGAGGAGGUAUGCUGUGUACAUUCGGCUAAAUCAGCUGAUUGAAAGGAACAGGCUGCACUUCACCACGCUCAUGGGUGCCCUUGCUGCAUCUGUGGCGGAGGAGGAACAGAAUAGGCUGUAUCAACAGUUGCAGGAUGAAUGGACUGCGUGCAUGCAGCUGUCUCUGCAAUGGGAUGGUGCAUUCAAGAUUCUGCACGAGGAAUUGGGUUUGAUGCGGAGCAGGCUUGAGGACUUUGCAGCAAUCCAUGGUAGUGAGUUUGUGGGAGUUGAUGGGCCGGAGAGGACGGGUCUUGCAGCAGGGGAGACAAGCAGGUCUCCAACGUGA